GUCCGCGACGAGAGCCUCAACGGAGAGGUUCAGCAUUAGAUCAGCGGUGCCUAGAUUAAAUUAGUGUACCAGCAUAAAUCAAGAUGAUGCGCAGGCAGCAGUCCUAUCGUUUCGAGGACAACGAGUCCACCUCCUACGCCCUAAGGAUGAAUCGUCGCUUUUCGAGAGUGGAGUCCGGGGCGGACCUGAAGGAUUACUUCGAUCGGGGUGACAUUGCCUCGCGGGAGAACCGAUGGAACUUCGAGGUGGCAUGGGAGGUGGCCAACAAGGUGGGCGGCAUUUACACGGUGAUCCGGUCGAAGGCCUACGUCUCCACCGAGGAGAUGGGCGAGCAGCUGUGCAUGAUGGGUCCCUACAAGGAGCAAUGUGCCCGCACCGAGAUGGAGGAGAUGGAGUUCCCCAGGGGAAACCCUCUGCUGGAUGCUGUGAACUCACUGCGAUCGCGGGGCUAUAAGAUCCACACUGGUCGCUGGCUGGUGGAUGGAAAUCCUCAGCUGAUCCUUUUCGAUAUCGGUUCCGCCGCCUGGAAGCUGGAUCAGUUCAAGUCGGAGAUGUGGGAGAAGUGCCAUAUUGGAAUACCUCAUUUGGAUAUCGAGACCAACGAUGCCAUUAUCCUCGGUUUCAUGAUAGCCGAGUUCCUCGAGGAGUUCCGCAAUUUCGCGGUUACCUACUCGCAAAACCACGAGCUGAAUGCCCCGAGGAUCGUGGCUCAUUUCCACGAGUGGCAGGCUGGCGUGGGUCUCAUUGUGCUGCGGACUCGUCUGGUGGAGAUCGCCACUGUUUUCACCACCCAUGCCACAUUGCUGGGUCGCUACUUGUGCGCCGGCAAUACCGAUUUCUACAACAAUCUGGAUAAGUUCGCCGUGGACGAGGAGGCCGGCAAGCGGCAGAUCUACCAUCGCUAUUGCCUCGAGCGAGGCGCCACCCACUUGGCUCACGUGUUCACCACCGUCUCGGAGAUUACGGGCUACGAGGCGGAGCAUCUGCUCAAGCGCAAGCCGGACAUCAUCACGCCGAACGGUCUAAAUGUCAAGAAGUUCUCGGCCAUCCACGAGUUCCAGAACUUGCACGCUGUUGCCAAGGAGAAGAUCAACGAAUUCGUGCGGGGACAUUUCUACGGACACAUUGACUUUGAUCUGGACAAGACCCUGUACUUCUUCAUCGCCGGUCGCUAUGAGUUCGGCAAUAAGGGAGCUGACAUCUUCAUCGAGGCUCUGGCUCGUUUGAACGCGAUGCUGAAGCACGAGAAGCCGGACACCACGGUGGUGGCCUUCCUCAUCUUCCCCACCAAGACGAACAACUUCAAUGUGGACUCGCUGCGAGGACAUGCGGUCAUCAAGCAGCUGCGCGAUACGAUCAACAACGUGCAACAGGAGGUGGGCAAGCGGAUGUUCGACACGUGCCUCAGGGGCAACAUACCCAGUGCCGAUGACCUGCUGCAGAAGGAGGAUCUGGUGAAGAUCAAGCGCUGUAUGUUCGCCAUGCAGCGCGAUUCGAUGCCACCGGUCACCACGCACAAUGUGGCCGACGACUGGAACGAUCCGGUGCUGUCCUCCAUUCGUCGCUGUCAUCUGUUCAACUCGCGACACGAUCGCGUUAAGAUGGUCUUCCAUCCGGAGUUCCUGACGUCCACGAACCCACUGUUCGGCAUCGACUACGAGGAGUUCGUGCGCGGCUGCCACUUGGGUGUCUUCCCCUCGUACUACGAACCCUGGGGCUACACACCCGCCGAGUGCACGGUGAUGGGCAUUCCCAGCGUGACCACCAAUCUGUCCGGCUUCGGUUGCUUCAUGGAGGAGCACAUCAGCGACCCCAAGUCCUACGGCAUCUACAUCGUGGAUCGCCGCUACAUCGGUCUGGAGAACAGUGUCCAGCAGUUGUCCAGCUUCAUGAUGGAGUUCUCCAAGCUCAACCGCCGACAGCGCAUCAUCCAGCGUAAUCGCACGGAGCGAUUGAGCGAUCUGCUCGACUGGCGCACCCUCGGCAUUUACUAUAGACAGGCCAGGGUUAAGGCCUUGCAGGCUGUUUACCCAGACUAUGUGGACGAGCUGACUCUCUACGGUUCGCGCAACAACUUGAUCUUCUCGCGACCACAAAGCGAACCGCCAAGUCCUACCUCAUCGCGUCACACCACACCAGCUCCAUCGGUGCAUGGAUCUGAUGACGAGGACUCUGUGGACGAAGAAACCGAACUCAAGGAACUGGGCAUCAAAUAAAGCCCUAUGCCAAAAUGACGGCCUUUAAAAUUGUAGCGGACAAACCAACUAAAAUCAACACACGCGCAAUAUUACCAUAAGUUCUAUUAGUCUUGUUCCACCAUUGUUCAUCGAAAGAAGGGAGCGAGGGGCAGUGGAGACGAUCCCCGAGCCUCGCUCGAAAGCCUAGAAACUAUCUACCUGCUAUUCAAAUGCCACAAGAAAUGUUUUCACAUCUAAUCAAAUUAUUAACAUUAUGUAUGUCUAGAUCGCAAGCGAAAGCAUUCGAGCAGGACGAAUCCAGAUUUUAUUAAACGUUGUUUAGUCUUUAAGGAGAACGAGGUCUCCCCGCCCCGUCACCCUGCUCCAUAGCCUGCCUAUCAAAUAAAUCGUUAUUUAAAGUACA